GCGACGAAUAAUAUUCAAAAAGAUAAUUAAUUGCGCAGCAGAGGAGGUGGGAUUGCAAUUUGAUGCUCCUCUGAAAGGUCAAGGGACCUGAGCGGUUUGCCGGUUGCCCUCCCUGCCAGCAGAGGAAGCCGGCUGUUCCGGGUGUGCAGUCGCUGUAACGUGGGAAUCAGUUGGCUUGGCAUUGGAGAGAAAGACAGAGGGAGCGAGAGAGCGAGAGAGAGCGAGCGAGAGAGAGAGCGAGAGAGAGAGAGAGAGAGAAAAAAAAAUACCACAAGGGAAUUAAAGGACAGGAGCAGAACCCGGAAAUAGGACUCACAGAGGAGAGAGGCGCAGUACCAGGAUGAGAACUCACUUGAGUGCAGGAUGAAAGAGUGGUGGAUCCAAGUCUUGCUUCUCACAGGACCGCUCAUCGCUGUCUACCUCAAUAUCCCUCCUCCCUAUCUCUCAUCUUCUAUGUACUCAUGGCGUAUGGCAGGAACCUUCUUUUCCUUCAAUGGGAACCACAUAUUUUACAGAGAUUCGAAGGCUGCAAUUGGCAGUUCAGACACGGUGAUUCUUUUACAUGGCUUCCCAACAUCGAGCUACGAUUGGCACAAGAUAUGGGAAGCCUUGACUCAGCGGUUCAGUCGAGUUAUCGCACUGGAUUUUCUUGGCUUUGGCUUCAGCGAUAAACCUAGGCUGCACCGAUACUCCAUCUUCGAGCAGGCGGACAUUGUGGAGGGGCUGGUGGUGAAGCUGGGCUUGGCUCAGCAGAAAAUCAACAUUCUGGCUCAUGAUUAUGGUGACACAGUUGCACUGGAACUGUUGUACAGGCAUAAACAUGCUAAGCCUGGACACUUAAUGAUCAAUAGUCUGUGUUUGUCAAAUGGAGGUAUUUUCCCAGAGACUCAUCAUCCGAGGUUUGUGCAAACGCUACUCAAAGACAGCGGGUUGUUGUCAUCAAUCUUCACCAGACUUAUGAACCACUACUUGUUUUCCAAAGGGAUCAGUGCGGUGUUUGGCCCCUACACACAGCAGACAGACGCAGAGUACUGGGAUAUGUGGACCGGUGUCCGUGUCAAUGACGGGAACCUCGUGAUGGACAGUAUUUUGCAGUUUAUCAAUCAGAGAUCAAAGUACAGAGAUCGCUGGGUAGGAGCCCUGAGUUCUACAGCUAUUCCACUGCAUUUAAUCUACGGACCUCUGGAUCCUGUGAACCCUCAUCCUGAAUUUCUGAAUCUCUAUCAGAAACUGGUACCUAAAUCUACCGUCUCGGUUCUCGAUGACCACAUCAGCCACUACCCUCAGCUUGAGGACUCAUUGGGUUUCCAACAAGCCUACAUCAAUUUCAUCAACUCCUUCUGACCAUGGAACUAUUAUUUAAACUGCGACAGUAAACAACAGCAACUUGAGCUUUGACCAUUAUGGUUGACGAGUAAAUGUUCAAAAGCAACUUUUAUUUUAAAGGGAUUGUUACUUAAAACAAAUGGAGCUUUUGUUCUUCAAGCUUUAAACCAUUGUUGAGUAAUACUUUACUUGCUCUGUUACUUUACUCUGUUUACCAGUUACAUGUCUCACCAGCUUCAAAUCCUCCUUUCAUUUUAGUAGAAUAACAGGAUCACUGAGAAGAACAUCUCACGAAAAUAAUAUGCAAUUGGCUCAAUGCUCCACGAGUUAAUACCUUCAUUUGUAGAAUUAACUGAAUCCUUUUUAUAAGGAGUGAUUGAGGAUAUAAAGGUGAUGCAAAGCUAGAUUUACACAUAAUAGACUUGGUUAAGCAAGUCAGGGGUAACAUGGGAUUUAGUAAAGAUUUUCCUUAUAUCAGGUAGACAACAAGGGGAUUGAACUAUAUUUAACAGGGAUACAAAAAAAAAUUGUUCAGAAUAAAUCCACAAAUUACAUAAUAUUUUAUCCCCCCCGUUGUUUUCUAGAUUCUUGGAAUGCAGGUUUAUUCCGCAGCUUAGUAGUAAACUGUUUAUGUGGGCUAUUGUUUAUUUUUGUAGAAUUAACUUUACUCAAAAAUCUACCAAAGAUGUAACAUAGCAGUUGCCAUUCAGCCAUGAAUUGAAACCAUUAUGUGCACGGCAUUUGGUAAACUCACAGAAGUACUGCAUUGUCUGUUUGAUGACCCCGACACAAGACGUACAUAGUUCUCUUGCAAACCAAACUGAUUUUUACUCUGCUUCUGAGACCCAUCGAAUCAAUCACACAAUUAACAAUAUUACAGUCUGUCAACUCAACUGUGUCUAAAUUGGCUGCUGUGUUCACAAAUGGUCACUCCACUUUACAGUAAACCCUGUGACGAACGGUUGAGAAGUUUUGAUGGCAUGUUAAAGCUCUAUGUCUAAUAGAAGUAUUAUAUCACAAUAUUUUAUUGACUUAGUAAUGUAGUUACAUAUGAUUCGAGUCUAACCAGAACAUUUGAUUUGCUACAGAAUUAUUUUCUACAUCAGCAACAUUUAAAUAAGUCUUAAUAAAUCAAGAAUUUGGCAUUAAUUUUGAGUAUUAAAUGGUUGCAAAGACAUGUUAAAUCUUACAGCUCACUACAGGUUGACAUAUUUUGCAACAGAUUUUGCAGUUCUGCUCAUCAAAUGCACAAAAGACUGUACAUUUCAAAGUAUAUAUUAGUGAUUGUUGUGCUAUCAGGGUAGAGUCCCAUCUUUUCCAGUAAGGUGUACGGCUAUACUGUGCAAGUCGAACAAAAGAUUAAAUAUUUCAAAUCAAA